GCCGGGGAUGGGGCCUGCGUGCCUGGCGCGGGGGGAGGCGGCGGCUGCGGCCUGGUGUGCCGGCGGCAGCAAGCGCGGGGAAGGGGGGCCGCCAUGGACAGGUUCGUGUGGGCCAGCGGCCUGCUGGAGCUGGAGGAGACGCUGGUGAUCCAGCAGCGCGGCGUGCGCGUCUACGACGGGGAGGAGAAGGUGAGGUUUGAUAGUGGGAUAUUACUGCUGAGCACACACAGACUAAUCUGGAGGGAUCAGAAGAAUCACGAAUGCUGCAUUGCUAUACCUCUGUCUCAGAUUGUCUUCAUUGAAGAGCAGGCAGCUGGGAUAGGAAAAAGUGCCAAAAUAGUAGUUCAUCUUCAUCCUGCUUCUUCAAACAAGGAGCCUGGUCCAUUCCAAAGCAGCAAAUAUUCCUACAUCAAACUUUCUUUUAAAGAACAUGGUCAGAUUGAGUUCUAUAGACGAUUGUCAGAAGAAAUCACACAUAGGAGGUGGGAGAAUGUGCCUGCUGCUCAGACCAUUCAGGUCAACAGGAGCUCACAGGCAGGAAGAAUAAGGGCUGUAGGAAUUGUAGGGAUCGAAAGGAAAUUAGAGGAAAAAAGAAAAGAGACUGACAAAAACAUUUCCGAGGCUUUUGAGGACCUUAGUAAACUAAUGGAGAAGGCUAAGGAGAUGGUGGAGUUAUCCAAGUCAAUAGCUAAUAAAAUUAAAGAAAAACAAGGUGACAUCACUGAGGAUGAGACUAUUAGGUUCAAGUCCUAUCUGCUGAGUAUGGGAAUAGCUAAUCCAGUUACUAGGGAAACAUAUGGAUCUGGUACACAUUACCAUAUGCAACUGGCAAAGCAACUAGCUGGAAUACUGCAGACUCCAUUAGAGGAGCGAGGAGGGAUCAUGUCACUUACAGAGGUGUACUGUCUGGUAAAUCGGGCACGAGGAUUAGAGUUGCUCUCGCCAGAAGAUUUAGUAAAUGCUUGUAAGAUGUUGGAGUCACUGAAACUACCUCUGAGACUUCGGAUAUUUGACAGUGGUGUGAUGGUGAUUGAGCUCCAGUCUCACAAUGAAGAGGAAAUGGUAGCUUCUGCUUUAGAGACAGUAUCUGAAAAGGGUUCUCUCACAGCUGAUGAGUUUGCUAAGCUUGUAGGGAUGUCUGUUCUCUUAGCCAAAGAGAGGCUGCUGCUAGCUGAGAAGAUGGGCCAUCUUUGUAGAGAUGAUUCAGUGGAAGGCUUGAGAUUCUAUCCAAAUUUAUUUAUGACACAAAGCUAAUGUAGUUUGUGAACAUUUUUUAUGUAACAAUUGAGCACGAGAGCAGAGGGGAGAACUUUUCCAACAACUGACUUUACUAUUUUAUUUUGUUAGUCAACUGCAACAGUGAUGAACAUUGUAAUGUUUUACAGUUCUCAGGUAUUUAAAAUGCUGAAUGGUCUCAUGUGGAGCAGAGAAGAAAUAGGAAUCACUAAGUCAGAAUUAUGUUACUAUCUCAAACUGGCUCUCACAUGUGUUAAGUUUUAUUCGAUAUGCUCUGUGAUUUCUCAUUUCAAGAGAAGUGAGAUGAAGAUUCCACACAAGUGAAAGUGGAAAGGACAUCCCUGUAGUCCACCAUGAAAAUCAGCACCCAGAACAUAGGUUACUGCAUACUACUAUUUCAGUUUAUUUAUGUCUAGAGCAACAAAGCAGACAGAUGUAUCUGUAGCGAUAAGAAAUGUGACUUUGGUGUGUACUGAGGUGUAAGGAACAAAACAGUAUAGAAUAACUCCUCCUCUCUGUGAACAGUUUUCUAAGAGAGGGUCUUGAAUUUUUGAAAGAGAGUUCUUUAUACUUUGAGGCAAAAAGAGCCUGAUGCAGGAGAUACUAACAUAUGCUAUAUGAAUCUAGAAAAUAUGGUGUUUACUUUGUCAUGUCUUAAGCUAAUGGCUCAAUUAGAAGCAUUGUCAGCACAGAUUUCCUCCCUUCUCUUUCUUUGUCAUCUCUCUUCCUGUUUCAUUAUGUUGCACUUAAGGUGCACUUUCUGCCCCCUCUUUGUGUAGUGCAGAGUGCAGUAGCCCUCUGUCACUCUACCAUACUCAAUGCUUUAAUAUGCUUGUUUUUUAUCUUAUACUUCUAAUGAAAGAUCAUUUGAUAGUUCCAUUGAUGCUUUGUCUGUUUUGGAGAGACAAUUAAUUUGCAUGCAUCUCAUAUGCCAGAAGGCUUUUAAUAUUGAAGAGAAGAAAAACACCAUCCCCCAUGUUUAAUAGUCAUGAGGUAUUGUAUUGUUUGGUAUUCUUUAUCCUGUGUUCAGACUGAAUGCAGUUUGAUAGCCUCAGCUUUCAUAACUCCAGUGGAGUUGUUACAUAACUUGAAGAUCUGAUGUCAUGGUGAUAGUGGUAAGUGGAUGUUUAUGAUCCAUGUCACUCAUAUUUUCAAGGUUUUGAAAUUGCCAGUUUUGAUAAAUAACAAAAUUCAUUCAAGGUAUGGGUAAGGACAGCAUGUAUAUAACAUGGAUGUGGCAACAGCCAAAUGGAUGUUACAAGAUGGAAGAAAAGGCUUUUAACUGCCUGAAAACAUCAUCAGAACUAUUUCAGUAUUACUGGAGCUUAGACGAGGGUGAAGAGCCUGUUGAUAACGAGUUCAGUGCAGAAAUUAUGCUUUUGUUUUGUAGGAUGCCCAUGUAGAGCCGGGGAAUCCUACCCCCUUGUCCCCUUAUCCCUGUCCCUUGCAAAAUUUUAUGCAGUGCUUGCUUUAGGGCAGUUUUCCUCUGUGCUUCAUGAAGGUGGAAUAGUGCUAAAACUAAUGAAUUUGGCAUAGCUGAAAGAACUGGUUGCACACUAUACUCCAGUAACCAUUCAUGAUGGUCUCUUCAGGAAUCUUACGGCUUGCUAUGUUUCUUCAUGCUCCCCACAACCCACAGAAGAGAUCUGUACAAGGUACUCCAAGCAUCAUUCAUCUAAGGAGGGACUGAAAAGAGAUAAAUGCAGAAACAACAAAGCUGGUGUGUGAAAGCUGUUCCUCUUGCCUGAUACACCAGUCAUGUUAAGGGGAGACCAGCGGUUUACACGUCUGAACCUCUCUCCACAAGGAGGCAUAUCUUCUACCAGAAAGUACAAAACCAGAAAGGAAAUGCCAAGCGUAAACUCUCAGCCUCAGUUGCCCCAGCCAUACGUACUUCAUUAUCUUAAUUAAGCAAUAACAAUACAGCGUAUGCAGAAUGAUGGUACCUUCUUGAGCUUUUCUUUCCCAAGAUUUUCCUUGACUUUUUUCUUCUAUAGGGAAGAAAUCUACAGGCUAAAUUGUGUAGCUGAUUUAGAAUUUAAACAUAUAUGAGAAAAUGAUCUUCAGAAAGUAAUAAAAAUUACAAGAUUUUCUUAAA